GUUGAUUAGCUUCUCUAAUACACAUUAGCUCUCCAAAGCUUAAUCCAAGCUUUUCAAGUACUAGGCAUGAUUAACUACAACUUGUAUUAUACAAUGACAAAAAACUCCAUACCCAAAUUUAAAAAAUUACAAGAAAUACCAGCAAGAAGCUGAACUCUCCAAAGGGUACAUUUGUAAACUCAAAAAUCCAAUACAUACAUGAUCUUGGUUUGAUUGGGAAAUACAGUCUUGUCACAUGCUCACAUGCCUAGGACUCAUGCCAUGUUAUUAUGAUCUCUGUAAUAAGGGUCAGAACAAGAACAGCUUAUCUCUCUCUUAGACUAAUCCACAUAUCUAAUAAUUCAUUUUGCCACUAAUCAAGACAGUAAUUCUUUAAUACAAGGUUGGUUUUCCAGAAAUUUUGAUAUCUCAAAUGCCUGUGACAGAAUAUGAUGUUAUUUAAGAUUUUACAUAAUCAUCAGGUUUGAUGUGUAUCCCUGCUAAUUCAUUAAAGAAAGAAGCAUAUGGAAAUAUGUAGUGCCUUUAAGAAGGUGAAAAAUUUCUUGAUAAUUAACUUAGAAAGUGAAAAAAAGAAAAAGAAAACAUAAUUUCAGCGAGGGACCCAAUAGCUGUCUAUUAUAUCAUAACUGUUUGUUCAUUGUGCAGCUCCAGAAUAGCAAUGGUACAUUGAUCACUUAAUAGCAGUAGAGAGAGAUAAGGUGGCCAUUAAUAAAUUUUGACUUGUAAAAACCAAGGCUACAUCACUUUAUUGUCAUGAAGCUUUUUUCCCGAUAAAUUUGAAGUCAACUAUAUGGUAUCAGAUUUCGACAAACACAAACAAACAAUUCGAUCCGUCUAAAAUUGAAGAUCAAAUUUUAAAAAAAAAAGUCACUUACUGGACAUGUUAAGGGCAAAGAAAGAUCCAUGAAUCCAAAAAUACAGUAAAAUGGCAUUGUUGAAAAGGUUUUGUCUUUAGCCCCCAAGGUGUCUAUGUGCUGUCCCCAUAUUCUAUAAACAACCUUUGUUCACUGUUUCAGCUUCACCAGACCACUUAGUUUUUAUAUUCUCACCGUCCAGACAUAUACCAGGAAAAACUUUUGAUCAAAACUAUAAUGUAAGAAUAGAUCAUCUCCAUUUUUACCUCCCUUUAUAAAGCAUAAAACCUCAUGCACAUGUUCUAACACAAGUAACUUGUGAUCCCAAAGUUUUCACUUAUUCUUCGGGCUUUUCUUCUCUUCUUUUCAUUCUAAAAUGGUCUCCCCAGAAACUGUUCAGGCUAGCUCCAAAUGUACUGAACCGAAUUUGAGUCCCCGGAUUUGAUUCUCUGCAGAUUUUCUUGAGGAAGAUAACUUCAUUUCUACAUGUCCAAAUCCUCUUGCAGAGAAGAAAGAAAGAGAGAAAGCAUUUAACGCAGAAUUUGAGUUUCUCUCGGCGAAUUUAACGAGCCAAAACAUGAUUACCGCAGACGAGCUAUUUUGCGAAGGUAACUUGCUGCCUCUUUGCGAAAUGCAUCAUUCCGAGAAACUCAACAAGAUUAGCCUCAAAACGGAGAAUGCUAAAGAGGAAGCAGAUGGGAAAGAGAUUAAUAACAAGGAAGAAGCCAGAAUAAGUUGGUUUCUUGAUGAUGAUCCCUCUCCUCGACCUCCUAAAUGCACUGUUUUAUGGAGAGAAUUAUUAAAGUUGAAAAAACAACGCGCUUCUACCUUGUCUCCAUCAUCUUCCUCCUCCUCCUCUAGAGGCUCAAUGGAGAACGUGCCUCCAGUUGAUGAAAGUAAAGAACGGGUAGGACCUCGAGACAAGACUGUGACGAGAACAAAGAAAGGGCUGGAGAGAACAAGAUCCGCAAGUAUGCAUAUAAGACCAAUUAUCAAUGUUCCUAUUUGCACACAAGGAAAAAACAGUGCACUGCCUCCCCUUUUCUCCAUAAGGAAAGGAAGACUAGAGAGGUAAGAACAAGAAGCUGGUCGCUGCUUGUUGGGUGAUCUGUAGAGAUGUUAUAAUUCCUUGGUCUUUUUUUUUUUAAUCAGAAUUGAUUUCAUGUUCUCUUUCUUUAGAUAAAUUGUUGUUGCAAGUAAGUUUUGUUAUUAAUUACAAUAUAGAUGCUGACUUUACUUUCUGUAAGAAUGUUUCUGCAAUUGAUAUCCAUUGAUUCUAAUAAGAUUGACCUGAAGGAGAAGGGGUCAACCAAAACUAAUAGAGAUUGUUGUAGUUGCUUUAGAUAUCUAGUAAUGAAUCGAACGGAGUGACAAAAAAUGAGCCGACCACAGAUUUCCUUUGAACAAGGCUUAAUUAUUUGUUUUAGCUUUUCUAUGAAGAGAUGAGGACUCAUGAUCCAAAGAACAUGGAACUUCUGAUUCCAGCUAAACUCAUCCAACAGAAAAGGGAAUACAAAGUAUUAACUAUGCAUAGUAACACACAGUUACAAAGAUCUUAUUGCUUACGAGUAAUGUAUACAAAACGUAUGUACUUGUAAAUAUACAGAUAAAGAUUGUGAUACAGAGACGAUCAUUCAAAAAAUGACUGGAUAUAAACAUCAUGCUAAUAUACAAUUUGACGCACAUUUUCAUUUGUCAAUCAAACAAUACAUGCUGGCAGUGAUAACAAGUCUUGAUGCUCAAAAGAAGCGGUAUGAAUGUGGUUAGAAAGAUGAGGCAUAGUCUUACUUCCAAGAUUUGGAGAGUUUUGGGAAUGCUCGUUAGACUCGUGCGUGGUUGUUAGCGACUAGUUUACAUGAUGUUGUCAUGAUGGUGGCAGUAUCAAAAAGGGAUUCCCGGGAGUAAC